AUGGAUCGAUCUACCCCAGAGUCCAUUGUAAUUCCUGACAGCGAGGACGAGCGCGCCGAUCAGCGCGAGGAACGAAUUCCGGAGCGUCGUGCCGACAUCAUUCGCGAGGAGCAUAUUGCGAACAUCACCGACUUUAUUAUUUCUGAAGGCUUAUCAGUCCAAGACUUUGUCGCUUCCGUCAGGCCUUUAACCAAAGUGACGUACUCACACCAGCCGCCUCCCAGUCCUGACUUGCUCUUCGCCAGAUGUCGCAACAUCAUUGGCUUCAUUCAAAGUCAACACAUGACCGUGUAUGAUUUUAUUAUCACGUUGCUUGAGCACCGUCGCCUAUGGGGUCAUCGACGCUCCUUUCUUGGGACGGGAACCUACUCUUGCUCUGUUCUUAUUCGACUGUUCAAAGCCCUGCGCGAUCUCAUUCACGGCGCGGGAAAUGAAAACCAUAUAUGGUACGAGUUCAUUCAAUCGGAGCGGUUUACUGGGUGGGAUCAGGCUGAAGAAUGUUGGACGCGUGGUUCUGUUUCUGCUCGUGCUUAUUUUGCUAUAUGCCUUGCCAGUUGUAGGAACAUCUUAUGCUGA